AAGAACCUCGAAAGCUCUUCAAAAUGUUGAGAGCUUCAAAUUUUCUGCGUAGAGUCUCAGCUAAAAACCCUAAACCCUUAAUUCCUCAAAGCUUCCGUCUUUAUCUUCCCCAGAGAAACAGAGAAAUUAGUGGUUUCACUGUUGAUACGUCUCGAUCGUACGAAUCUAGACCUGCUUCGAGUCCUAGCUUAUCGAUAUGGAGACGGAAGAAAGAAAUGAGCAAAGAAGGUUUAAUCGCUGCCAAGGAGCUCAAGCGUCUCCAAACCAAAUCUGUCCGACUCGAUCGAUACAUUUGUUCUCAUGUCUCUCGCCUCCUUAAAUCCGAUCUCGUUUCUGUUCUUGCCGAAUUUCAGAGACAAGACCAAGUUUUCCUCUCUAUGAAGCUCUAUGAAGUUGUGAGAAGAGAAAUAUGGUAUCGACCGGAUAUGUUCUUUUACAGAGACAUGCUUAUGAUGCUUGCAAGAAACAGGAAAGUGGAUGAGACCAAGAAAGUAUGGGAAGAUUUAAAGAGAGAAGGACUUUUGUUUGACCAACAUACUUUUGGAGACCUUGUUCGAGCGUUCUUGGAUAAUGAACUUCAAGUGGAAGCAAUGAGAUUGUACCAAGAGAUGAGAGAUUCUCCUGACCGGCCUUUGUCUCUACCCUUUCGGGUUAUUCUCAAAGGACUCGUUAGUUAUCCUGAGUUGAGAGAGAAAGUGAAAGAGGAUUUCUUGGAGCUUUUCCCUGGGAUGGUUGUGUAUGAUCCUCCUGAGGAUUUGUGCGAUGAAAGUGACGAAGAUGCUAGGACAGAUAGUGAUCUUGAAUAGAGAGUGUGACACAAUGACGACACGAACACAAUCCAGUACUAGGCUACAUAUCCUGGUCUUGCUUAGUUUGAUAAGUGCUCGAUUUGUACUUCUGUUUCUAAAAGUAAGAUCCAUCAUUUUCUUGGUGCACUUGUGCUUUGGCUCAAGGAGUGUUUGGUUAGAUAGAUUCAUCAUUCAUCCACCAUAACCAGAGAGAAUUGUUUGGUGUUGGUAAAAAUGUGUUUCUUAGAGAGGCCAAUAGAACCCGAUUAGGCCGGUUUAUAUGUAACUUGUCUUGUGUUUCUUCUUGCUUAUAGACCAGUUCACUAACUU